GGGCUGCGCGCGUCUGCGCCCUCCCCUCCCGCCCGCCCCCUCCGCGUCGAUGGCGGCGGCGAUUAUGGCGGCGGCGGCGGAGCAGGAAGCCUCGAAGGGCGGCGGCGGCAGGAACCGCGGCGGCGUGCAGCGCGUCGAGGGCAAGCUGCGCGCCAGCGUCGAGAAGGGCGACUACUACGAGGCGCACCAGAUGUACCGGACACUCUUCUUCAGGUAUAUGUCACAAGGAAAACAUGCAGAAGCAAGAGAGCUAAUGUAUUCAGGGGCUUUGCUGUUCUUCAGUCAUAACCAGCAAAAUAGUGCUGCUGAUCUGUCCAUGCUGGUUUUGGAUUCUUUGGAGAAAUCAGAUGCAAAAGUAACAGAUGACCUUUUAGAAAACUUGGCUAAAUUAUUUAGUUUAAUGGAUCCAAAUUCUCCUGAAAGAGUGGCUUUCGUAUCCAGAGCGCUGAAAUGGUCCAGUGGAGGAUCAGGAAAACUUGGUCAUCCAAAACUACACCAGUUACUAGCAAUUACCUUGUGGAAAGAGCAAAACUAUAGUGAAUCUCGGUAUCACUUCUUGCACUCCACAGAUGGCGAAGGGUGUGCAAAUAUGCUAGUAGAAUACUCCUCGGCCCGGGGCUACCGCAGCGAGGUGGACAUGUUUGUGGCACAGGCAGUCCUACAAUUUCUCUGCUUAAAAAAUAAGACCAGCGCAUCGGUCGUUUUUACGACAUACACACAGAAACAUCCGUCGAUAGAAAAGGGUCCACCCUUUGUUCAACCACUACUAAACUUCAUCUGGUUUCUGUUGUUGGCUGUUGAUGGGGGAAAACUAACAGUAUUUACAGUAUUGUGUGAACAGUAUCAACCUUCACUGAAAAGAGAUCCCAUGUAUAAUGAGUACCUAGAUAGAAUAGGACAGCUUUUCUUCGGAGUUCCGCCCAAGCAGACAUCGUCCUAUGGAGGGUUACUAGGAAAUCUCUUAAACAGUCUGAUGGGAACUGGAGAAGAUGAUGACGCAGAGGAUGGUCAGGAAGAUAGCAGCCCUAUCGAACUUGACUGAAUCUUUUUGUCCUCGGGUGCCGUGUAAAUCUGGUGAUUCGAUGACUCCAAAGACAGUUUGGGAAUUUGAAUCCUGCAGUUGUUUCUUGGCGCCUAAAAAGGGCUCCUCUGGUCUUUUAGAAAUGGUUGCUGAAAUGUUUAUAAUGUUCAGUCUAUAUUAUUUAUGUAAAAAAAAAAAAUAAAAAAAAAAGAAAGAAGGAAACCAACAAAAAGUAGCCCGAAGAAUCGGAGCAGUUGUUAGCAGGUUUCCGAUAGGGCGGCUGGUGACUUUGAUUAAAGUGUAGUCUCUGCGGUUCCUCCUGCAGUCCCUUUCGCACAGUAAUUGAGCCAAGCCUAAGGCCGGUCUCGCGCGUCGCGGCCUGCCCAGUACCCUCUUUAUUUGUAAUAAAAAAUAUUAAUUUGUAAUAAAAAAAGCCUCCCUGACCAACCCCUGCCGCCCCCACGGAGCAGCUCGAGAGGCAGGGGCAUUAAUUGAGUAACUUACUAGAAGGCUGGUGCCAAAAGUAGUGUGAAAUGAGCCAAAGGGAGGAGCUGGAGCAGGAAGGCGCCUCCCGCCUCGCAGCCUGGUCCAGAGCCGGCCCUGCCUGAGCCCACCCUGUGGAGCUGCUGGUUUUGGACAAGCACAAGGUGGAACUGCUGGGAGGGAGAGCCCAGCCGUGGCCCGUGGGUGAUUGGCUUCCAGGUGGAUCGCUCUGGCCUGGGUAUAGCAAGGUGGCAUCUCAAAUCCCUCCUCUGGCUCAUGGCUCUACCCCUUGGAACAGCUGCUUUUUCAGUGUAAGUUCAUAAGCAGCCGUCAAGGCAUUUUUAUAAGCGAAUGAAAUGAUUUGCCACAAGCAACGUAUGUGUUUAAACCACAGCUCUAUGUAAAGAAAAGGGAUACUGCAGAACUUCUUGUUCUUUACGAUAUAUUUAUUUUUCUUGGGUGAUUGAUUCAUUUAACACUUCCUGUAAAAAGAAUAAAUCAAUAAAUAAUGGAGUAACUUCAACCCCGUGGUAGGCAUAGCAAUUCUGCAUCUUCUCCUCUUUAAUGCAGCACAGCGGAUGUCAGUGGUACAG